UCCGCACACUCUGAAUGGUAUGCGUCCAUGUUGCCGGGCAUGAUCCCGGUAGCUCUUUUGGGCUCCGCUGUGUACUUGGUAAGUAGUGGGUUGCAGCUAUUGCAGAGCCAACUGGAUCACGAGAAAUUUCUAGAUGAAGCACGAGACCAAGUCCGUCAACUCGAAGCAGAGGUGGAUAGGUUACAGGAGGAACGG